ACUGAAAGAUAACGACUUUAUUCUGAAACAUCGAGGAGACCAAGUGACUUUUUAAAUGAGAGUGUGCCCAAUGCCACCCCGAAAUGAAUGUGUUCCGAGCAUUUUGUGUGUCAGUUGGCGGAUAAGCUGCACAUUGGUGGCACAGCGGGUCUUCUACCCACUGGGUGGCUAUCACUAAUCCAAGAAAAGCAUUCCUAUAUAAGGUUGUACUCCGCCUUAGGCCACAGAAUACCUUCGCCUUAUGUUGAACAACCAUGUUGGCUCUCCGCUUGUUUGUACUGCUGCAGUGCAGCCUGUUGGUUCUGGCUGGCGUUUGUUUAAUACCACAGCCCGUUAAAAGGCAGCGAUCGCUUGAGGAUGUUAUAAAGAAUCCCUGGAAGCUAUCGCCCCGCCUGGAUGGCCGCAUUGUGGGCGGUCACCGCAUCAACAUCACCGAUGCACCACAUCAGGUUUCGCUGCAGACCUCGUCCCAUAUCUGCGGAGGUUCUAUUAUAUCCGAGGAGUGGAUAUUGACUGCCGCCCAUUGCACAUAUGGUAAAACGGCAGAUCGCCUGAAAGUACGCCUCGGAACCAGCGAAUUCGCUCGCAGUGGCCAACUGCUGCGGGUGCAGAAGAUCGUCCAGCACUCCCAGUUCAACUACACCAAUGUGGAUUACGAUUUCUCGCUACUUCAGCUAGCUCAUCCCAUCAAGUUUGACGAGACCAAAAAGGCCGUCAAGCUGCCCGAGUCUCAGAUGAAAUUCAUGGACGGGGAAGCCUGCUUCGUGAGUGGUUGGGGCAACACCCAGAACCUGCUGGAGUCCCGCGAGUGGCUGCGUCAGGUGGAGGUGCCUCUGGUCAAUCAGGAGCUGUGCAGCGAGAAGUACAAGCAGUACGGCGGCGUCACCGAGCGAAUGAUCUGUGCUGGAUUUCUGGAAGGCGGAAAGGAUGCGUGCCAAGGCGAUUCCGGCGGUCCGAUGGUGAGUGAAUCGGGCGAGCUGGUGGGCGUGGUUAGCUGGGGCUACGGUUGCGCUAAGCCCGACUAUCCGGGUGUCUACUCGAGAGUGAGUUUCGCACGGGAUUGGAUCAAGGAGCACAGUGGUGUUUAGAUUCGUAUAUCCUGCACAACAAACUUAAACUUUUAAGUCAAUUUCUCCCUAUGCGAUUGCUUGAACUAGAUGUAUUUCAAAAACCCGCAAUAAAUAAAUUAUCAAACGAUGCCAACCAAUCUGCUUGAACCAUUUCAUAAUGCGGCGCUUCGAUAGAAGGAUUCGCACACGUUGCCAGCACGCAGCCAGCAUUUCAAACACGCGACCCUCCAGGAUAUCGCACACUUCGCCGGCGCAUGUCGCGUUGUUGGAAAUGAGUCUACUUGGCCACGUUAAGAGGAUGUGUCGGGCUGCACGAGUCCUUGGCCGUUUGUGAGGGAUGGAGUGGGCAUCGCAUCUAAUUGUUUUGCUUUUCAAUGGGAGGCUUAUCAGCCAACUGUCAUCGUGGCUGUGCACCGUUCAUGUGUUACAUGCGGCGUAUACGCAAUUACUUGCAUUACGUAUACGUAGGGACAAGUUAGUGUGCAUCAUGAACAAUCGGUUGGCGUGGCUUACUUUGCCGUUGAGCGGACUCCGCCAUUGUUGUGUUUGCUUAGUGAUAAAUUAGCUUACAGAAAUUAACAUCAGGCGUUGCAUAAUUCAGAUGUAUGCACUUGCAUAGCGUUGGCAUUGGCCAAGUGAUCGCACCACUUACGUAGCCUUAAAUGGAAACUUUGCGCGGAUCGGCUGAAGUGGUCUAAUCAGUGCUAUGCACUUUCGUUUUUCUCCAUUUACUUUACACCCAUAAAUAUAUAAUAAAAAUAUUAUUUGCUAGAAUUGAUUAAUUAAUAGUUGAAAUGUAUUCAAUCAAAAUCUGCUCCUUUAUACUAAAAAUAUAGUUAGAUUAGACCAUCUAAUUAACAGCCCAAUUAAUUAGUUUCUUUUUUUUUUCGACAACUAAAUCUCUUAUUGAAUUAAUAGAAUUUGAUAGUCUGGGUUGAAUAACAUUUUGACGUCAAAUCGCCUAUUGUGAGUGAGUGACUUCGUAGAAUGAGAGUGUCAGUUAUUUAUUUCUAUCGCCUCAGGCCGAGCAAAAGUAUUUUCCCAAAUCUCCGUUUCCAGUCGAUUUGCCACCGCGAUUCGAUGCCGACGUGCUGCAGCUCGCGCCACCGAGGAAAAACACUCAAAGUAAAUAUAUACGCUCCCUAUAGUAUACGCAUUCAAUGAGCCCGGUGCGUAUACGCCGCGUGUGCCCGCGCCUGCAACCAACUGUUGAUUCCGUGCCCAAAAGGAUUAUUCAACGGAUCAUCUGAGGCACUCAGAGCCGAACAAUGUCACCCUGACGAAGCCUACGGCCGAGACGUUUGAAGGCAGAGUUAAAACGUUUAACUUUACACUGAAAAAAAUAUUGGUUUUAUUGUGAAACAGUAAACAAAAUAAAUUACGAUUUAUGUAACAAAACAUAUCAUUGAAUAUAUUAUAUUAUAGAAAAAAAUAUAACUCAAAAAUAAUUUCGUUAGUGUAUAUAACAGCACUGAAACUAAAACACGAUCUAUUCUGCAAAGAAACCCAAAAAGUGCUCAGAAAAGCUCAAUUGCUUAGAAACAUAAACAUUCAGCUUUAAUUGUUGAUUGCAUUACAGCCAGCUAA